CCGCUUAUGCAACACAUCAUCGAAAACCAUCCGGACAUGGCAACGGCGCUGCUGGCUGGGGAGAAGCUGAAGGAGUUGAUCCUGCCCGGGCAGCAAGACGAGAAGGCGGGCUCGCUGGCCGCGCUCCUCCUGCAGCUGAAGCUCGAGCUGCCCUUCGACCGCGUGGUCACCAUCGGCACCGUCCUCAUCCCGAUUGUCCUGGUCACGCUGGUCUUCACCAAGAACUUCGCCGAGGAGCCCAUAUACUGUUACACACCCCACAACUUCACCCGGGAUCAAGCCUUGUAUGCCAGAGGAUACUGUUGGACAGAGCUAAGAGAUGCAUUGCCAGGUGUAAAUGCCAGCCACUGGCCUUCCUUGUUUGAACAUAAAUUUCUUCCAUAUGCUUUGCUGGCUUUUGCUGGCAUUAUGUACAUUCCAGCCCUUGGGUGGGAAUUCUUGGCUUCCACCAGACUGACUUCUGAACUUAACUUUUUGCUUCAGGAGAUAGAUAACUGCUAUCACCGGGCAGCUGAAGGCCGGGCACCAAAAAUCGAAAAACAAAUCCAGUCAAAAGGUCCAGGGAUAACAGAACGCGAAAGAAGAGAAAUCAUUGAGAAUGCAGAGAAGGAAAAAAGCCCUGAGCAAAACCUGUUUGAGAAAUAUCUGGAACGCAGAGGGCGUAGCAAUUUCCUAGCCAAACUUUACUUGGCAAGGCACCUCUUCAUCAUAUUUUUAAGCAUCAUCCCCAUCACGUACUUGUCCACCUAUUACGCUACACAGAAACAAAAUGAAUUUACAUGCGCUCUUGGAGAACCUCCCGACAAAACCAGCAAUUCCAAAUUGCUCAUACGGGUGAAUUGCAAGCUGCCUUCCGUUCAGCUGCAACGCAUAAUUGCUGGAGUGGACAUUGUCCUCCUUUGUUUCAUGAACCUCAUCAUUCUCAUCAAUUUAAUCCACCUUUUCAUUGUCCGCAAGUCCAAUUUCAUAUUUGACAAGCUGAACAAGGUUGGCAUAAAGACCAAGAAACAGUGGCAGAAAUCUCAGUUCUGUGAUAUUAAUAUCCUGGCUAUGUUUUGCAAUGAAAAUCGUGAUCACAUCAAGUCUCUAAACCGCUUGGAUUUCAUUACCAACGAAAGUGAUCUGAUGUAUGACAACGUCGUGCGUCAGUUGCUUGCAGCUCUAGCCCAGUCUAACCAUGAUGUUACCCCAACCGUACGUGAUUCUGGAAUACAAACAAUAGACCCCAGCAUUAACCCUACAGACCUUGACCCUAGUGAGCCACUAAUCAUCAAGCGUCCUCGGAAGAAGAUGAAGUGGAUCUCGAGUUCCAAUCCCCUUCCUCAGCCAUUCAAGGAGCAGCUAGCCACCGUGAAGGUUGAGAACAGCAAACCUGAGAAGCCAAAGCCAGUACGUCGGAAAACAGCAGCCGAUAGUUUGAUUGCACCUUUGUUGGAGACCAACUCAAAACCUAUCCAACCAUCCCCUGUUCACAAAACCGAAUCUAAUACUCUGUCCACCACAGGUAAUGGAAAGAAACAUACACGUCACUUUUCUUUAGAUGUUCAUCCAUACAUAUUGAGUAAUAAGAAACCCAAGCAAGAAAUUCCAUCCAGUAACUCUAUGGCAAUAGCCAAAAGUCAAGAGAGUGGAUUUUUAAACCAAGAAGACAAAGCCAUAGUUCGUGUCACUUCUUCUCUCAAAGAUUCUUCCCUUCCUGGAAACAAGUCCCUUUAUCCUCAUGACAUCUGCAGGACAGUGCCUGCAACUGGCGUUUUCCUCACCUGUACCCAUAACCAUAUAGCGACUUCUGGUGCUGCAACGAAAGCCUCUCUGCCCCAGACUAAUAAGGUAGUAGAGUCAGGGCCUGCCCUGAAUUGCCACCCUGUGCAUCCUCUUCUGCACAUCAAUACACUGUAUGAAGAUCCUGAAGAAGAAGGCUCAAGCCUUAUAGAAGAUUCUUUAGACAACAGAAUUCACUCUCCAGCAGAAAGCGGAGACAUCAUUUCUAUGCCUUCCACAAAACAAAUCAUGCUGGCCACUUUUGAUGAACCUUUGGCAAUAGUGAAUUAG